AUGGCCCUCUUGAGUUUCAAACGAUCCAACCACAAGCGCAAGACGAUGAAGCCCUUUCUAGGACGCAAGCAGAAGCUUGCCAACUCUGGAAGCAACAACACUGCGAGCACUGCCGGCAGCAAGGCCUCGCAGGUAGCUUCCGAUGUUCCCGUUAACAUUAACGUCCAGCAGAAGGAACGUCGUCGCAAUGGAUUGGCUCGAAGCGGACCGUCACAGCAGAUGAUGAGUACCUUCUCCAUCAUGUCCCGUGGCGGCAUGUCGGCCCAUUUGCACAACCCUUACUUGGAGGACGACGAUGAAUACGCCAACUACGACAUCAACGAAGAGCUCAAGGAAGAUACUUACAACAGCGAGAUUGACUUUUCCUACUCGGACCGCUUCAACAGUGACCGCUACAGGGAGGAACCGACGAUGGAAGACGAAGCCGAAGAAGCGUCCUUCUUUGCCGCCAACCCGUUGCCAUUCGAUCCUCCCGCCAAGACGAACACGCCACAGCAGCGACGCGCCAGUGCUCCUGCCAUUGUCAAGAAUGUCGUCCCCACCGUGACCGAUAUCUUGGUGGGCGAGCCCACUCCAGUGGAAGAAACAAAAGACUUGGUCAAGUUCUACCUUGGCCAGAUCUGGAAUCGCGGCCAUCUCGACCUUAUCCCUCAAAUCUGCAGUCCCGACAUUCGCAUGAACGGUAGCGACGGUAGUAGUUUCGACAAGAUCGGUCACGAAGGCCUAGCCCAAACCGUCGAUCACAUUCAUCGCGUUAUCGAGAACUACCAUUGCGAGGUCCACUGCAUGGUCGUCGAAGGGAACAAGGCAUUCUGUCGUCUCCAGUUUAGUGGCAAGCACACCGGUUCCUUGCUGGGGUUCCCUGGUACAGGCAAGAGAAUCUCUUGGACGGGCGCCUCCGAGUUUACUUGUGUCGAUGGGCGGAUUCUGAAGGUGUGGGAGCUCAUCGAUCUUGAUUCCCUGCGAAACAAGCUACAAGCAAAUGCCUUGCAAGAGGCAUUGGAGGACGACGAGGAUUAUCACCGCUACUAG